UGCACGAAGCUCGAACCCUGAACACCAGCAGACAUUAUCUGAAAUUAUUAAAAGAUCAAAUAUUAACAGAGAGACCCGCAAUUCACAGCCACUGAGGCAAUAAUAGCCUAUACCCGGGCAUUAUUGUUCAAUAAUAAAAAGAAAAACUCUCAAGUUUCAGUUUGGAAAGUCGUGACUGCGAGAGCCAAGCCCGGGAUCCGUGGAGAUUUAGUUUGAGUUUAUUAAACCCCUCACGAUGGCAGGUUUGUGGACAGAAUUCUUGCGCUCACACAAAAGCCCGAGACUGAGGAGAAGGCACCUAACUGACCAUUAAGUGGACUUAGGCGGGCUGAAGAAGGUGUUUGUUGCUUUUAAUGAGGAGGCAUUCAUCAUUUCGUGUGAAUUCCGCUGUGCACAGCACCAAGGACAGAUCCAAACACCUGCACCUGUGGGGGCAUCAUGAAUGGAAGCUGAUUUCUCACCAAUUAUAAAGCACAAUCAACUUUGCAUUCUUCGAACAACUUACACAGGCUCAAUUCUCAAUUCAUCACAGAUGCAGAGAAGAUAUCAAGAUGUGUCCAGAAUCAGAAGACUUCAUUAAUAUCUCAAACAAGUAAACCGCACCAGUGUCUUGCCUUAGAAGGGCUCUUCACCUCUCAAAAACCCCAACAUGGCUGGAGUCGCACCCAUCCUCCUGUUCCUGUUAAUCCCUGUGGCACAAACAACCCCCAGAUAUGCUCCACCGCUGGCCGGAUCCAAGCGGGAGAUCAUCAUAGACGGAGACCUGGUGAUCGGAGGCCUGUUUCCGGUGCAUGAGAAGGGCAAAGGGACCGAGGACUGUGGUAAAAUAAAUGAAGAGCGGGGGAUCCAGAGAUUGGAGGCCAUGUUGCUUGCGUUGGACGAAAUUAACCAGGACAACCGUAUCUUGCCCGGCUUGAAAUUGGGAGCCCAUAUACUGGACACCUGCUCGAAAGACACAUAUGCACUGGAGCAGUCGCUGGCGUUCGUGAGGGCGUCUCUUACUAAAGUGCAUCAGCCAGGCUUCAUCUGUCCAGACGGGUCAAAUCCUGUGCCGGAUGAACUGCCUUUGGCCAUUUCUGGAGUGAUCGGAGGAUCGUAUAGUGAUGUUUCUAUUCAGGUGGCAAACCUUCUUAGACUCUUCCAGAUCCCGCAGAUAAGCUAUGCUUCUACUAGUGCCAAGCUCAGCGACAAAUCCCGCUAUGAUUAUUUUGCCCGAACGGUGCCCCCAGACUUCUAUCAGGCUAAAGCCAUUGCUGAGAUCCUGCGGUACUUCAACUGGACCUACGUUUCCACUGUAGCCUCAGAGGGUGACUAUGGUGAAACCGGUAUCGAUGCGUUUCAACAAGAAGCCAGAGUACGGCAAAUCUGCAUAGCAACUUCAGUAAAAGUCAGCCGCUCGGUGAACCAAGGAAAUUACGAAACAGUUAUUCGAUCACUUCAACAGAAAGCCAACGCCAAAGUAGUGAUCCUCUUCACCAGAAGUGAAGAUGCAAGGGAACUUCUUGCUGCCGCAGCCAGGAUGAAUGCUACCUUCAUUUGGGUGGCCAGCGAUGGCUGGGGAGCGCAGGAGAGUGUGGUCCAUGACAGCGAGAAGGCAGCAAAUGGGGCUUUCACCAUUGAGCUUGCAUCAUACUCUAUCAGGGAGUUUGAGGACUAUUUCACCAAGCUUACGCCAGAGUUAAACACAAGGAACCCAUGGUUUAGGGAAUACUGGGAGCAUAACUUUGGUUGUCAUCUACAGGACCACGGUUGUGCCAGUAAAAGCCUGAGAAAUGACUUGUUUAAGCCAGAAUCAAAGAUCAUGUUUGUGGUGAAUGCAGUCUAUGCUAUGGCCUAUGCCCUACACAACAUGCGGCAAGCUGUGUGCCCCAAUACCACAAAAGUGUGUGAUGCCAUGAAGCCAGGCAAUGGGAAAAGGUUCUACCGGGAGUUUAUCCUCAAGACUAAGUUUGAUGCUCCUUUCAGGCCUGCCGACACUGAGAAUGUGGUACGGUUUACCUCAUUAGGAGACAGUUUGGGCCGCUAUAACAUCUUUCACUACCGCCAAGAGGAUAACAAGUAUGUCUACCGGAAGGUCGGCUAUUGGGCACAGGGCUUAGUGCUCAAUACCAGUCUGGUGCCUUGGGCUGGUGGAGUAGCUCCUACAUCCCAGUGCAGUGACCCAUGCCAACCCAAUGAAGCUAAAAGCAUGCAACCUGGAGACGUAUGUUGCUGGAUUUGCAUCCCAUGCCAACCCCACCAAUUUCUCCUCAAUGAAUUCACCUGUGUGGAUUGUGGAUUCGGACAAUGGCCCCUUGCUAAUUUGACAGGCUGCUAUGAGCUUCCAGAGGAGUACAUCCACUGGUCGGAUGCAUGGGCUGUGGGACCUGUUACCAUUGCCUGCCUGGGGAUGCUUUGUACACUUGCAGUUGCUGGGCUUUUCUUACGGAGCAAUGACACGCCGGUGGUGAAAGCUAGUGGAAGAGAACUGUCCUACAUCCUGUUAUUUGGUGUGCUCCUGUGCUAUGCCAUGACCUUCAUUUACAUAGCCAAACCUUCUGCGUUUGUGUGUGCCCUGCGUCGCCUGGGCCUUGGCACCUCCUUUGCUGUUUGCUACUCUGCUUUGCUGACAAAGACCAACAGGAUUGCUCGGAUCUUUGGUGGGGCAAGGGACAGUGCCCAACGACCACGCUUCAUAAGCCCUGCCUCUCAGGUAGCGAUUUGCGCUGCACUGAUCUCCGCCCAGCUGCUGGUUGCUCUCGUCUGGCUGCUUGUAGAGGCACCGGGGGUCAGGAAAGAAGUGGGUCCAGAUCGGAGAGAUGUGGUGACUCUGAAAUGCAACAGUCUGGACUCGAGCAUGCUGGUGUCGCUCAGCUACAACUGCAUCCUCAUCAUCCUCUGCACAUUCUAUGCCUUCAAGACCAGGAAGUGUCCAGAGAACUUCAACGAGGCCAAGUUUAUCGGUUUCACCAUGUACACCACCUGCAUAAUCUGGCUGGCAUUCCAGCCCAUCUUCUAUGUCACUGCCAGUGACUACAGAGUGCAGACCACCACCAUGUGCAUCUCGGUCAGUCUAAGCGGCUCUGUGGUGCUCGGCUGCCUCUUUGCUCCCAAGAUUCACAUCAUCCUUUUCCAGCCACAGAAAAACGUGACCAGUCUGAGGGCCAAAGACAACCGAUUCUCCUCGGCGGUCACUGCGCCGAGCUCCACCUACUCACAAGCUUCAGCCUCUACUAUAGUGCCAACAGUGUGUAAUGGCCGAGAAGUGGUGGACUCAACGACAUCAUCAUUGUGAAGAUGAAUUGUGGGCCAAUUUUAUAUCCCAUCAUCACAACCAGGACGCAAUUUCGUACACUUAUUUGAUACUCCAAGUCAUCUCCUGAAAACAAAUGUAAAAAAAAAAUCAAAACAAGCGGUCACCUACGCAUUGCUCAUGAUGGUGUCCCAAAUGAUGGUCUCAUCUUCCAUCCGGACCAAGCAUGCUUUUGUCUUUUGAGUUACACGGUUAAUCUAUUGUUUAUGAUCAAGAGCUCUGAAAGAACAAAAAUCAUUGUAAAUGUGAUUAUAAAUUCAUGUGCCAAUGUGCUAGUAGAUUUAAAGCCACUUUAACGGAGAAAGCUAGCCUUGGCAAUAUGUGCCCUUGAUUUAUGUACACUACAAAAGAUGUUAGUCUUAAGUAAUGUUAACAGUAGCCUUUGAGUUUCCAGUCAUAAUAACUGUGUUUUGUUGGACUUCAAUGAGUCGUCAUUGGGGAAAGGCAUGAAAAGCGAAUGUAUCAGUCUCGUGAUUAUUGGAUCUUGACCACCAAUGAGACUUGCACAAAAUAUACUACAAUUUUUUUUGUAUGUACCCCAGGGUAUGUGACUUUAGAUGCUGUAUUCUGAGUAAAUGGGAAACUGUAACCUAUUUCUCGUUUUAGUUUGGUGGUAAAAUAGUCCAAUUUCAGUUGGAAAUUAUCGUCCCUUUUUAAGUGUCGUGGUAAAAAAAUAAAAAGUCUGACGUUUGGUCCUCAUGGAUUAGUUUAGGUGUCAUUGCAAGAUGGAAAAAACUAACUAUAUUCUGUAUUUCCCUUUUUUGAACUUGCAUUAAACGCUUAGUGGUCAGUUUCAGAACAAGUAGGUAAUACUACAGAUGUUUUAAUGUGAUCUUUGGUGAAGUGUUAUACUUGUAAUAUAUGUAAAUAAAUUCUUUUUAUUAAAAAAAAAAACACCUGAAGUCUUCAUUUGGCUGACGGAUUACUAAUCCAUACUUUUAUAUGAGCUAAAGACAUGAGGAAAGCACAUUCAAACACAUUUGUGCUUU